AUGCUGACAAGCUGAAAGUUUGUAUGCUGGCAGGCAGCCCCUUUGGGAUUGUACCUGGCGUAGUUGGCCAUCGCGGAGCUGUGCACAACCUCGCGAAAUCGUCGACUUUUGAUUUCGAGGUUCGAACAAUACGCACCCCAUGCGCUGCUCAAAGCCGCACAAAUUUGAAUACCUGAGCAGGUGAUGUGAAUGACGACGCCGGCCCCCGGGAAAAUUUGAAUUCAAUUCUCAACAAAAGGCACUCGAAGUAUAGAUGACAAUUGUCCUUGCCUUUCGACCACACGACAGUUUUUAGUUAUCGUCAGGUGUAUUGAGGUAGAAUGGAGAGUGAGGAGAGCAGCACCGAGGACGAGGACUGUGCGGACCCCUCACCCAGCAGUAGCAUUCUGGUUUUAUGCGAGCCGACACGACGAGGAAAUGAGGAGAACGCAGGUGAGUUUAUUUUGUAAUUUAAAUUUGUUAGUUUUGAAGCUCUUGAACAAACAGCCCGGACUGCCUUUGCAUGUAUCCCACUGUUCCUGCAGCUGGUAUGUCUUGGGAGCGAUGCUUGUGCCACUGCUGCCCUGGCGCUACCAAUCAGCGGAAUGUUACAGAUGUGUCUUGGCCGAGAAUCGUGAAAGCAGCAUUGUUACGGCAGGAUGCAACUUGUGCCUUCCUGGUUCAACAGAAUUGCGCAGAUGAGAAUGCUGAACCUCGUGGGUUUGUACAUGUAGAGUGUUACAGGAAGUACACGCACAAGAAAAGUCUCGAGAGAAUCUCAAAAGCCCAAGCAAAUGCCAACAGUUCUUGCUCUGAUUCCUCAGCCUCAGAUGAGGAUGAUCAGCCACCACCUCCGAAAAGGCCAUGUACACGUAGCACAGCGCCACAGCCAACACGGAAAGAGCUGUGUUUGUUCUGCCAACAACAGAGCAAGCGGAAGCGAGGGAAGCCAGCUGAAAAGCUGUCAGUGUGCGAGAGCUUUGACGCAGCGCAGAGGAUUCUGGACGCUGCGUUGGAGAAGGAAGAUGCCCGCAUACUCCUGGAGGUCCAGAGUAAUCCGGAUUGUAUCGCUACAGAUACUGUUUACCAUCGCUCGUGCUAUGCCAAGUUCACCCUCUGUACUACACAGUCGAGCCGGGAGCGAUCUGAGACUGCAUCGAUAUACCAGCAGGCCUUCGAUGUUGUCGCUGAUGUCAUCGACAACGAGAUCUUGCAGCAAGAUGGGAGAGGAGGCAUACGAGCUGUCACCAUUCAGUUUCUGCGCAGCAAAUUCGUUGCUAGGCUUGAAGCACUCGGCAGGCCAAGCCCUAACUACAAAACGGAGCUGGUCAAAGCGAGGAUACUGAAUCAGUACCAAGGCCGGGUGAAGUUCGUUCGCUCCUCUGUCACGGAGCCGGAGAAGGUGAUUGCCGCUCACCUCAGUGAGGAGAACUAUAUUGGCUUGAUGACAUCUGUGAUUGGCGAUCUCGGAGGGCGAACAGAAGAAGACGAUGAGGUCUUCAUGGCGUCAGCUGCGCCGGCAACAUCUGAAAUGGAUUUGUUUCAUGCCGCCAUUAUGGUGCACCAUGCCGUCAGAGAGGUUGAGCCGGUCCUGACCUCCACACCCCAUGCCACUGAAAUAACCAAAGAGUCAGUUGCACGCUGCGUCCCUGUCGUCCUUCACAACUUUCUUGCGUGGGUCAUAGGCGGUCCAGACGUAGAGGCUUGUGUUGGCGGGCGUGCAGAAGUUAACGAGAGAGUGGGCAGGCUGGUGGAUUCUAUAUCCCAGGAUAUUGUGUACGCCGCCAGCAAUGGAAGAGUGGUGCCACCAAAACACAUUGCACUGGCCAUGACGACACGCCAUCUGACCCGGUCGCAGCAGUUGGUGACAAUGCUGAACCGAUUCGGUCACUCUGUGUCAGCAACAAGGGUAUCUGAGGUGGAAACCGCUCUUGCCAUGGAGGUUAGGCACUCAGAGACACGCCUUCCAAGCACCGUGACCCCGAACAAUGCCAUUUUUUUCUGCUCGGACAACAACGAUCGGAAUGAAGAAACGCUAGAUGGGAAGGGGACUAUGCACGCAACUGCCACGAUCGUUCUGCAGAACAACCAUCCAAGUCCAGAAUUACCCGCACCAGGCAGAACACCAGACGUGAGUGCUGCAAACGGUCCUCUACUCCGCAGUAGCCGGCGGCCUAGGGCUCUGAUCCCUUCAGAGCGGUUGACCCUACCACUUUUCGUGCCGCCUAGAUCCAUAGCAUCACCUCAUCUCUCAGCUAGUGGUCUAACGGAAACCCAGUCGACUGAUGCACUAGCACCAGGAGAGGAUCUGGACAUCGUUUGGUUGCUGUUGCGAAGCACGCAGGCAACAUCACGGUUUGGCCGUAGUGCUGCUGAGCCUCAGGAAGUACCACCCUGGUCUGGCUUCAACGCAUCCGUUGCAUGCACGGCAGUGCAACCAGUUACCCGUAUCGCUUACCUGCCGCUAAUCCCCGAAUCACCUACAGAUGGUGCUGUUGUUGGAGAGGUCAUCCAGAGAUGUGUGCUUAUGGCACGCAGUCAUGGUCAGUCACACUGCAUCUUGACGUGUGACCAAGCCAUGUAUGCGAAGGCAGUGCAAGUGAUGUCGCAGAAGAGAGACGCUUACCCGGAAGUUGUGCUGCGCAUGGGCAGUUUUCACACCAUACUCUCAUUUCUUGGAGUCAUCGGAAAGCGGUUCGCGGACGGUGGCCUGAGUGACCUCCUCGUUGAUGCUGGUGUUGUCGGCCCGAGUGCUUGCAGAGCGGCAUUAUCUGGCAAGCAUUACAACCGUGCCAUUCGCAUGCACAAGCUGGCAUUCGAAGCGCUGUGGCAAUGUCGCUGGGAAGUGUUUGAACGAACCCUGGAACACGCAGAGAAUGGUGGCGACCUUCAGCACAUCGAAGAUGCAAUCUGUGCCCUCCGUGACAGCGGAAUUUAUGAUGCUGCAAGCAUGGCAACCAAGUCAUCGGCAUUCGCAGUACUGAAGGCAGACUAUUGCAGAUCUAGCCAGCAGGAGGCAAGCAAGCCGUCCAUGGCUUCCUAUUGGCUGUCUUACCUGGAGAUGAUCAGCUUGUUGCUGCAAUUUAUUCGAGCGACUCGCACUGGAGACUGGAAUCUGCAUCUGGCAUGUGUUCGGAAGCUUUUGCCGUGGUUUUAUGCGUACGACCACCAACACUAUGCCCGCUACCUCACAAUGUACUGGUGCGACAUGGUACGACUGCCCGAUACGAACCCGUCCGCUUCGGAAGCAUUAAAGGCUGGAGACUUCACAGCAACGCGUUCCUCCAAGUCCUUCGCCAAGGUCCCUGUCGAUCAAACCAUCGAGCAGACAUUCAACAGGGACAGCAAAACACCUGGUGGAAUUGUCGGCUUCUCACGAAACAAAGGCGCCGUGGAACGUUGGGUGCUAACUGCGCAUGAAUGUGCCGCUGUUACAUCAGCUUGUUACAGCUUGGCAGGUCUCGACCGAGACAACUCAUCGACUACCCACAAGGACAGCACCAAGCACCGUAUGACGAGAGACCAGCAUGAUGUUGAGGCCAUCGGCAAGGUGCUGAGUGAGUACGGAAACCCCUAUCAGCCAGGUGACCUUGUCAACCUUGCCACGAGAGAUGUGCCCUCAGCUAGUGUGCAGAAGGAUUUGCAUGCGGCGCAGACGGUCGGAGAGAAUGCUGUGCAGGAGUUCAUUGCGAACAGGAUGGUCACCGAUGGAAGCAGCAUCUCUGACGUCUUGAAAAAGAACAAACUGGAGACGUUCAAGGCCCCCGCCAAGAGGAAGAAGUCCUCACGUGCUUGUCGAGCUGAUACUGCUUUGCAGCAGGUUAAGCUGUUCCAGCAACUUGUUGUCAUGGCGCAGGUGAGAACCAUUGACAUGAGGUUGCUGCUCACGCACGAGCUGGGUACACUUCCGCUAUCACUAGCCCAGGGUGACGGCACUCCAGUUACCACGCAGAAGUCGAAGCUCAUGGCAUUGCUUGAGCAAGUCGAGGACGUAGCUGAGGCUGCAAACUCGAUUCCUGAUGGGUGUGCGCUCGUAAUUGAUGCAAUGGCCAUGCUACGAGCUCAGACGUCACUUCCGCCGACAUUCGGCCAGCUAAGCGAACAGGUAUUGAAGUACCUGGUGAAGCUUCUCGUGUCCCAUAGGUCUAGCCGAUUAGACUUUGUAGCCGACGAGUACCACACCAACUCCAUCAAGUCGUUUGAGAGGCAGAGUCGUUCGCAUGCAUCCGCUGGACACAUCCGUCGCCACGUACAGCGCCCAGAUCAAGCCAUCCCCACGGAUUGGAGCAGAUUUAUGACCUGCGGUGAGAACAAGACUGAUCUUGUGCAGUUCUUCGCCGACCAGUGGGCAGAACGCCAAGCUGCUCUUCUACUACAUCCUGGCCAGAGCAUCUACGUGACUGUUGGCGUGAAGUCCUGGCGUCUGGAGGCCAAGGAUGAUGGCCAGUUCAGCGCAUCUGUCGAACCGUUGCUCGAGUGCACGCACGAAGAAGCGGACACGCGCAUGUUCUUGCAUGCCGAGCAUUCCCUCUGCCGUGGUGCAUCUUCCGUCUGCAUAUUCUCGCAAGACACUGAUGUCUUUGUCCUGGCUCUAGCGCAUUCAGCAUCUCUACAUGGAACUGUCUAUAUCCUCACUGGCCAGAAAUCCAAGAGGAGAGUGCUGAAUGUCACUGCAAUUGCCGACAAGCUUGGCCCGACAGUCUGCGGCGCUCUGAUAGGGCUCCAUGCUUUCACCGGAUGUGAUGCAAUCAGCGCCUUUUCUGGGAAAGGCAAAGCCCGUGGCCUGAAGCUUGUUAAGGGAAAUGGCAACCUCGCGGGUGCAAUGGCAGCUCUUGGGCAGAGUUUUGCAAUGCAGGAGUCCAUUUUCAAUGGAUGCAAGCAGUUUGUAUGUGCACUGUACGGUGCCACAGGCUCCUCUGCCGAUGUCAAUGGCUUGCGGUACAAGCUGUUCUGCGAUGCCAGCAAGGCACGAGACCCAAGGCAACUUCCACCUUGCGAGGACGCCCUUCUCCAGCACGCACGUCGUGCCAAUUACCAGGCAGCUAUCUGGAAGUCUGCGUUGCAACGCCAACCCGACCAACCCAGUCCUGAUGGCCAGGGAUGGACUAUCGAGGCAGGUGUAUUGAAGAUUACUUGGCUAUUAACCAACGUGGCACCCAAGGAGGUUCUAGCCAUGGUGAAGUGCAACUGCGUGGUCGGAGACUGCUCCAGCCAGAGGUGUGCAUGCCACAAGUCCAUGUUGCCUUGCACAGAUGUAUGUGGCUGUCGAACUUGCUCCACCAAACCUGGUUCCAGCCACCUUACAAGCAGCACCACCACUUCGGAGUCUGUGGAGGAUUCCUCCGAUUCCAGUGACUGUGGAUCUGACAGUGAUCCUGAGCCCGCUGAUCAGAAUGAUGCAGCCACAUGACGAGCCUGUCAUCAUUACUACUACAGUCUACGCAGUUGACUAUUUCGACACAUCCAAGACCAGACUCACCAUCGGAAACAUUGUCCAUCAUCUCUCCUACCCGGAUGGGACGAAGUAUCCGUUAACGCCAAUGGGUCAACGGGACAGGACGGGACAGGGGAUAGGUGUGUGUGUGUGUGUGUGUGUGUGUGUGUGUGUGUGUGUGUGUGUGUGUGUGUGUGUGUGUGUGUGUGUGUGUGUGUGUUUCCGCCAUGAGUGCCCACGCUGCAACAGGCAAUUUCGGCGUCCCCAGGAUCUGGGACGGCAUCAGCCGUACUGUCAUUGAUGAACUUCUUCCGUGACGUCGUCUCCCACAUCUUGGGAGCGGCGUGGCCAGCAAUUGCAGCUGUAUAUAGUAGUAAUAGUAGUAGUAGUGUUAAUGUGUGUGUGUGUGUGUUUGUGCAUGUAUGGGUGGGGUUGUCAAACGUGUGUGUGCCGCUGCUGCUGCUAUUGUUGUUGAUGUUGUCGAUUUAGUUGUUGCUGUUUUCGAUGUCUGACUAGGUGUAAACAUCAAUACAGCUGGCCAUUACAUAUGCCUGGCAGAUGAUUCGCUAGUGAUCCUUUGUGCUGGCAGUUGACACUCUAAUUCACAUUUCUUUUGUAUUGUCUUGUCUUUACUUUAUUCUCGCAAGAAGACGGAAAGCCUGAAUAUGCUUGCUCUUACAAACGCUUCCGGAUUGAUGGUCCUGAUGGGGAUUCAGUGAAUUUUCUUACUUCUGUGAAGAAGUUAAUUACGAUCGGCUUGACAUACUGCUAAAAUUGCUGGCUAAAUACCACGAGAA